GUCACUCGCGCCGGAAGAGAAGAAGGUCCUUUUCCAGCCAUCUUGUGGCUUCAUCUAGCGAAGUGUUCGCACCAAUCCUCGUAGAAUCGGAGGAAAAUCCUGCUGAAGGGGCGCCAUCAUGCCCGGACAAAUGCAAGAAGGUUUUGGCUGUGCCAUAACCAAUCGGUUCGACCAGUUAUUUGACGACGAGUCGGAUCCGUUUGAGCUGCUUAAGCAAGCCGAAGUUAAGAAGAAGAAGGAGGCUGCUGCCCCUGGUCCCGCCAAGACUGCAGCCCAGGCUGCAAAGCAGCCUAAAAAGGAGUCCCAAAAAGACAGAAAGACUCCCCUGACUGACAAGAAGGAGGAGACCCAGGCACCUGUUUCACUUAAGAAAGAUGGUGCUGGUAUGAGGAGAAUGGGCAGGAAGCCAGAGGGCGAAGGCUCCAGACCUCAGGGCGGCCAGGGAGAGGGUCGUCCCCCAGCAGACAGACGACCUGUGGACAGGCGGCCACCUCGCCGCUUUGAGAGACCUGCUGGUGAAGCUGGCGAAAAGCCUGAGGGCGAUUUCUCAGUGGAGAAGCCCAUCGGUGACAGGCCAAUGAGGGGGCGCGGUGGUGGCAGGGGAGGCCGUGGAGGCAGAGGACGCGGCAUGGGUCGCAGCGAUGGCUUUGAUUCCCGAGGAAAACGUGAAUUUGACAGACACAGCGGCAGCGACAAAUCUAGUCUGAAAGGUGAGGAGAAGCGUGGAGGAAGUGGAUCUCACAACUGGGGCACCGUAAAAGAUGAACUCAAUGAACUUGACCAAUCUAACGUCACUGAGGAGAACCCUGAAGGAGAGGAGCAUCCACCUGUUGACUCUGAGAAUAAAAGGGAGAAUGAGGCUGAGGAAGUGAAGGAAGAAGGCCCCAAGGAGAUGACUCUGGAUGAGUGGAAGGCCAUGCAGGACAAGGAACGGGCAAAGGUAGAUUUCAACAUCCGUAAAGCCAACGAGGGAGCUGAUUGGAACAAAGGAUUUGUGCUGCACAAGUCCAAGGCAGAGCAGGUGAAGAAAUGCGAUCUGAUUGACCCCGAGGUCGAGGAAUCCAAGGGAGAAGAUGAGCAUCACUUCCGGAAACCAGCCAAUGACAUUACGUCUCAACUGGAGAUAAACUUUGGAGAUUUGGGCCGUCCAGGCCGUGGACGUGGUGGGCCACGCGGCGGCCGGGGAGGUCGCGGCCGAGGGGAAACCACUAGGCCAGUCCGUGUAGGAAGGUCUGACAAGUCAUCUGCGUCUGUGCCAAAUGUGGACGACCCAGAGGCCUUCCCAGCCCUGGCUUAAGCCCUGGUUGCAAACUCUCAGGCCUACAGGAGCCUUCUGAGCACCUCCACUACGAGGCUUGCAUGUUCCUGGAUCCUUCAGCAAAGUGAAAUGAUGGAGUAGACUGUCAUAACUGGCACUCGAUGUGAGGACUGAGUUUUACCCAAUAAAAACAACAAAGAUGGAAAAAAAAUAUACAUAACAAAAACAACAAAAAAAAAAAAACAAAACAAAAAAAGGACUUCUUGCUACUCUGGAGCAGCUUAUUGGUAGAGGUUUUGUACUUGGAAACAAAGUAGCAGGGAUGUUUUCAUACAGUAUUUUUUUCAGAGGUUAUGCAUUGUCCAUUAAAAACGUUUUGUAUUUGCUGCUUGAAAAUACGCAUUUUGAAAUGUAAGCAAAAGAGCAUCUUUUAGCGUGGUGUGUGCUGCUGCUGGCUCGCUUUAAAAUGGCUGCCGGGGAGCUUCAACCCAAGUUUGUAAGCUCUGCCACACCAGGUAUUUCAGAUGAAGUUACAGCUUCACUCAUUGAGAUUUAUGAUUAUUUUUUUUUCUUUUCUUUUCCUUUCCUUUUUUUUAAAUAUUUCGCACUGGUUUAUUUUAUAUUUUAUACAGGAGGUCUAUUCUUGUAUGAUCUUCGGCCUGUAAAUCUCAACUAUUUUCAUAAAUUCUUUCAGAGACUAUUUCACACGGUGCAGAUGAGACACAUCUUUGAUGGAGAUACUGUCUAUAUGUGAAUGCGUUGUUGAAAUGGCAUCUAAAUCAGAAUUUAAAAGUUUUGUACUGAAAUGUUUUUAAAGGAGCAACAAUUGGCCAUUUUGGAGAAACGCAUCGGUAAUGACUCGAAUAUCAAGCUGAUCCAUUUUUAUCAAAAGGAUUGAUUUAAAGCUGACAGGAUGUGUCCGUGUGUUCUUAUUCUUCUUGUAUUUGAGGUGAUAUUCACCAUCCAGUGUUUCUUCCCCUUUGCCCAUUUCAUCUUAGGUCUUUAACAAGUGUAAGUCAGUUAAUGCCUUUCUUGCUACUUCAGAGUGAUGAGGAGAGGAAGUGUUUCUACACAGCUGAGAUGCGGCUGGAGACCUCUUGAAGCCCCCAGACCCUCUCCAACUGUUUACACACUCCGCAGGUGGAAACUCAGCCCAGCUUCAGUUUGUUUCAGCAGUCUGUUCUGUGCUGAUAUUUUCCUCCACUGUUAACCUGCUCUGUAGCUUCCACGCUGGCGCCACUGCAUAAUUGCUCUGAAAGAAAUACAGUUGUCCCCUGUGUGGACAACUGAAUUGCUCUACAAUGUGUGAAUUCUAGCCCUGCUAUUAGACCUCUGUCGGUAAAUAAAGGUGGUCGACAAAU